AUGGCAUCUAACAGCAAAGUCGGUUAUGUCAGACUAGGUAAUUCUGGCCUGAAAAUUUCGCAAAUCGUCCUCGGUUGUAUGACUUAUGGUGACACCGCCUGGCAGCCCUGGUUGACGGCGGAGGCGGAAGCCCUCCCUCUCAUCAAGCAUGCAUAUGAUCGCGGUAUCAACACUUGGGACGUUGCAGACACGUACUCGAAUGGUGUUUCCGAAGAGAUUCUCGGCAAGGCAUUGAAGAAGUACAACAUCCCGCGAUCUCGCGUGGUGAUCAUGUCCAAAUGUUUCCACCGUGUCGAUGAAUCACGCGGGCCGUUGGAUGCAGCCACUUUUGGAGUCAAUGAUGGCGAUAAUGUCAACCUCGUUGGUCUCUCCAGGAAACACAUCUUUGAUGCUGUCGAGCGCAGCGUUGAACGUUUAGGCACGUAUAUCGAUGUUCUCCAGAUUCAUCGCUUGGACCGGGACACACCAAUGGAGGAAAUCAUGAAAGCGCUGAAUGAUGUGGUCGAGAGCGGCAAAGUGCGAUAUAUUGGUGCAAGCUCGAUGGCUGCAUGGGAAUUCCAGAUGCUCCAGAACAUUGCCGAGAAAAAUGGCUGGCACAAGUUUAUUUCAAUGCAAGGAUUCUACAAUCUCCUUUACCGGGAGGAGGAGCGGGAAAUGUUUCCUUACUGCCACGCCACCGGUGUUGGACUAUUGCCUUGGUCGCCUCUUGCGGCCGGUGUUUUGGCUCAUGCCUGGACGGACCGCUCCGAUAAGCGCGAAGAACAAGAUGUUUUUCUGAAGUUACUAUUCCGCAACGGGGAGGAUCAGGCUGCCAAGCUUAUUGUAAGCCGUGUACAAGAAGUGGCAGCUAAAAAGGGAGUUAGCAUGGCGCAAGUGGCGACUGCUUGGGUCUUAUCCAAGCGCGGGGCAGCACCGAUCUUGGGUUUGGAUUCAGUGGAUAGGAUCGACCAGGCUGUGGAUGCUGUGAAAGUGUCAUUGACGGAAGCGGAGGUCCAAUACCUGGAGGAGCCAUAUGUCCCAAAACAAGCUAUGUCCUUCUAG